AUGCAAAUGGGCAAUGGAGUCGAAAUCCAAAUGCAGACAAAGGACUUCUACAGAGUUCAUGGAGUUGACGUUGAGACCGUACGUGGCAGUUUGCAAACUCAAUAACUUAAAAUCAUAUUAAUUUGCUCAAUUCGUUCAUGGCAAAUAAAGCAUUACCAUGUGCAUGCAUCCGGUUCCCAAAAAUAAGUCUGGUAGAAAUAAGUUACGCAGCCUCACUGGGUUUAAUAGGCAUAACCAACUGUUACAUCUCGCUAAGUAUGCCUUGUUUGGUCUACUAAUUCAGAGCUACAGGGUGUCUUCCAUUAGGUUUUAUCUAGCGCGUUGAUAUAAGCGCAUGCAACUAGUUGAUUCACUAUGACCUUCUUUAGUGAUAAAUUAUGUGACAUGAGGUGGCCUUAGGCGUUCGCUCCUCCACUUCGUAAUUCACUGUGCCUUACCGUAAUUUUCUAGUCUUCCCAAUGCAAUUGCAUUGACCAAUCCUUGUCGAUUCUUAACUCCGUGACUUACUUAUUUCUUCCAAAAGAGUAGCUAAACCCUUUCAUAACAUAUCGGUACUCACCAUAAAACGCGUGCUGCUAGGAUCGCCGGUUGCAUGUUGAUUAACUUCGCAUCGGUGGGUACAAAAGUGCUCGAAUACCUCGACAUCUUCAGACGGUGUCUGCUGUAGAUGGCGUACCCCGUGAUUUAUUUACUUCCGCAAGAAUACUCGUGCCUAGCCCUUUACCGAAACAAUAAUAAGGCGGGUAGAUUUAUUUGAGUUUAUGUAAAAACAUUUUCUUAAAAGUGGUCGUUGAAUCGCCGACAGACAAAUGUCCUUCGUGUUCCGCGUUCGGGAAGCUGUUUUACCGGGUAUGCUUUGCAGUAUGUAACAGGAAUAUGCCCCAUGUUUUACCACUGUCAAUGAGUGACUAAUCUCAUGAAAUGUUGACCGAAAUCCUGCAAAACGUUUUCGAUUAGGAAGGAAUACUUAGAUGGGGUUGUAAUAUGGAUCAUUAUACGACAUAAUCAUAUGGCAUUUCGGACUCAUCAUGAUGUCAGCAUUCAAAUGAACUUCCCUUCGACCUCCUGUGGAAACCGCUCUCGGUAAAAAAUUACUGCCUAAGUAGCAUACAUUUUUCACGUUGAUUUUUAAUCGCAUUAUAAAUUCAAGUAUAUUUUAUGGAAAACAUGCACAAAAUAUGCUUUCUUUUCUUCGUUAAGUAGGACGUUAUGUUAUCUUCACAUUUUAUGUUCGAAGAAAGGAUAUAUUUAGGUUUUGUAAAAGGGUAUUAAUUCCUAAAUAAUUUUGAGCCUGAUCAGUCGUUGCAUUAGGCAUUAGUGAUUUCAAUCUACAAGGUGCAUGAAUUCCGCGAAAGGAAAAUCACAUAUCCAUCCACGUUCUCAAGAUAAUACCAUAUAGAACUCGUAGAUUUGAAAAGAAUGACAUGCUCACUAGAUCACUAGAUUGUUGACCUUUUGGAGAGCUUGGCUGGCUCUUCAUUGCCAAAGCAUUUAGUGCAAAAAGCAACCAGAAUUUUAAAUAAACGGCCAAAUUACUGGGCCUUGACCGAUCGAUUUUUUCUUCUUUCGCUGCUUUAGCCCUCUGAGCAUCGCAUGUGGAUGUUGGUGGUCUCCUGUGUGGGGGAUGUCGUCACCUCAUUUGAGGUUGGUUGCGUCUGUUUUCCCUUUUGGGUGAAUUAGUCGACGGACCGUGUUUGCCCAGUAUACGUAAGCUCCGUGUGACCGUCUUGUCCUGGUCAUGGCGUAUGUAGUGACGUAGGAUGUUUUAAGCUGCAGGAAGGCCUAGAUGCCCGUUGAUAGAAUUGGAAUCUGAGUACCAAGCCUCAAGUGUGAGAGGUUCUGUCCUUGACGUGCCCCAGCCCAGGACAGGUGCUCCUUGAAAAUCAAAACUGUGGCCAGUUUCACCGAUGUGAGUCGCUUGAUGUGAGUUGGUAUUUAGUCUUUGAGAUGCCAGCUUGUGCUUAUGUUGGCCACAAGAAGAACAACCUGAAGUCUCGAGGGCCAUUCCCUACGUUAAAGGGGUUUCCGAGGCGGUGCCUCGAUUGUUACAAGCCGCCGGAGUAGGCACAGCCAAUCUACACCAGGCAACAUCACAACGUUGUCUGAUACAACCCAACGACAUACUGGCACCCACUGAAACGUCAGAAGUUGUUUAUUAAAUACGUUGUGACGAUGAAGACUUCCAUUACGUUGGGGAAACCGGACGGACAUUGCAGACCCGCGUUCAUGAGGUAACGACGCACAACACAGGAGACCACCAACAUCCACAAGCGAUGCUCAGAGGGCUAAAGCAGCGAAAGAAGAAAAAAUCGAUCGGUCAAGGCCCAGGAAUUUGGCCGUUUAUUUAAAAUUCUGGUUGCUUUUUGCACUAAAUGCUUUGGCAAUGAAGAGCCAGCCAAGCUCUCCAAAAGGUCAACAAUCUAGUGAUCUAGUGAGCAUGUCAUUCUUUUCAAAUCUACGAGUUCUAUAUGGUAUUAUCUUGAGAACGUGGAUGGAUAUGUGAUUUUCCUUUCGCGGAAUUCAUGCACCUUGUAGAUUGAAAUCACUAAUGCCUAAUGCAACGACUGAUCAGGCUCAAAAUUAUUUAGGAAUUAAUACCCUUUUACAAAACCUAAAUAUAUCCUUUCUUCGAACAUAAAAUGUGAAGAUAACAUAACGUCCUACUUAACGAAGAAAAGAAAGCAUAUUUUGUGCAUGUUUUCCAUAAAAUAUACUUGAAUUUAUAAUGCGAUUAAAAAUCAACGUGAAAAAUGUAUGCUACUUAGGCAGUAAUUUUUUACCGAGAGCGGUUUCCACAGGAGGUCGAAGGGAAGUUCAUUUGAAAGCUGACAUCAUGAUGAGCCCGAAAUGCCAUAUGAUUAUGUCGUAUAAUGAUCCAUAUUACAACCCCAUCUAAGUAUUCCUUCCUAAUCGAAAACGUUUUGCAGGAUUUCGGUCAACAUUUCAGGCGAUCAGUUACUCAAUAUACUCUGCUCAUCAGUGCAUUUAAACAUUGCACAAUUCCUUUGCAUAUAUAUUUUGAUCUUUUCUAAAUUUAUAAAAUUACGUCCCUACAUGCACGAAUUAUGCAAAUAAAACAUUUGGUCAUACCUAACGUAUUUGACCUUUUCGGUGUUCAUUAUGAUGUAUUUCCACGGCUCCUCUAGCAUUCAUCUGCAUCGCAUUACCUCGCAGUAAAUGUAGACAGUUACACAAUGUGGCACCUCCUAUUUGUCUCUUCUAUUGGUUGUUCAUUCUGUUAGUUCCGGGCCUGCUCCAAAUUUGUAAGCACCGGUCUAUUCAAAGACAUUUUCAUGUACUGGAAGUUGCUUUCGUUUAUUUUUCUAAUUAACACGCUUCAUACCAUUGCCAUAUCUAGGCGCAGGAGAAAAAUUUAAAUUAAAAUCGAUUUAUCUGUUAUGUUUUAUUACGUUCACUUCAUUUCCUCUCUGCGUGUUGCCUCACCCGUAAAACCCUAUUACCACCAUUCGAGAUCCGAAGGUACCGGUUGCGAGGUGGGGUCACACAACUUACCGCUACCGCUGUCAAAGCUAGUCGAACUGCCUUUAAAUUGUAUCAUACGCACACUACAGUUGGACAGUCGAUUUCGGCGAUGUCUACCAUUUAUCCCACAGUACUGUGAGAUCAGGGUCAGUUAUAACUCUCUGCACUGUUCGAAGAGGAGUGAUAGCGGAUCGUCUGAACGGUAGACGACUGAAUUAACGGUCAUUGAAUUGAGACUGGGGUGAUGUGCAAUGUGUCGACAUCUUAGGCCCUCUUGAUGGACGUCUGUGUCAACGUGCGGGAUAUUUUUCGUGCUUCUGUAUUAAGCCUGGAGAAAUCAUAUCUCUCGUUUUUUUUGGUCAUAGCUAUGGCCUCGGGAUCGUCCCAUUUGAAUCGAUUGUUGCAAACGGGUUUAUGCGAAAAGCCGAAAAAACAGAAGGCCAAGCCGACAGAUAGUUGGUUUGUGUUCGUUAGUAUGAGUGCCUAGGUUGUCACCAGACUUGCAGCAAACAUGUAGUCUUGAGUUUAUACUUUGCUGACACCAAGCCGCCGUCUGAUAACAUAAAUAUAUGAAAUGUGGGAUUCUCACUUCUGAUUGUUUGGGGUCAUAGAGUGCACAUUAGUAGAUUAUGUGUUUGUGGACUGGAUGGCAUGAUCAAUAGAGUGCAUGUAUACAGCUUUCUGUGGCGUAGAGCGGGUCGAUGGAACUGCGGACGGCCAGUAAAAUUCGUAUUCACCCUUUUCACAUACUUGUGCCACAUUCCGGUAGUAAAUCUUCAUUGCACCUCAUAUGUACAUAUUCGCUUCACUAGAACGUGAAUUUUAAAAAACCUGUAAAGAACGUAAAUUCGUAAAUAAAAACAGCAAGUUUAACAAGAUCUCUACCGCGAGUUAUAGAUGGAAUUGUGAGUUUCCCGUAGGCGUAAGUUUGUAGGCACAUUGCUUCCUCAAUUGUCUGGGUUUCGUAGGAUUACCCAAUUAAAUACUUUCGCUGUAUCAAGAAGGUAUCCCUCCCGGCUGAGAGGUCGGCUAGGCAUAAUCGUCAUUGAUCGUCAUAAAUGUAUUCCGACAACUCGUGCAUCGACCGGCACAUCGCAUUAGAUGCAAUCUCAAAUAAAAGUGGAAUUUGCGAUAACCAGGCAAAACGUGAUACAAACCUACGGUAAAAACAGACUUGCAAGAGUGCCAGAGCAAUAUAGAUUUUAAGGAAUGCUUAAAUUGUAACUGCUGUAGACAAUAGCUUCACGUAUGAGUAUUCCCUGGGGAACCAGAGUCGAAAUGAGCUUUGUCAUCUUUCCCAAAGGAUUUAUUUCCUUCGAAUUACACUUCACAGAAGGCCCGCUUUCUAAUUCAUAUAUAAAGAUGUAAAAACUCGAAUAUACUGCUUUUCAAGCCACCUAUUGCCAUAGUUCCGUGUAUGCGUUCUCACGAACACUUCCCAUGUUGUAACUAUCGGACAGACUGCAAGAAAAGAGGUACACGCGGAGGUGAACGGUAACCUCAUUCGGAUUCCAAAUCCCCCCGAGUACGUUUGCCUAACCUUUCGGCUGGAGGGCGGUUCCGUCGCAAGAAGAUGCCUUUUCGUGGAGAGACUUUAUAGCCGGAUCGAUAUGUCUUUUAAUGUACACGUUGAAAGGCUAAACAAUCCUCUGCAGUCAUACAAAAUUCAGUGGCGAGCUUCAGAGGAAGAAAACUUUGGCGUACUUGUUUACAACACGUAAGUUGGUCGAUUUGCAUAGACGCACUACUCGUGCGCCAUUUUUUAAACCUACGUGCACAAAGUAUAACGUAAAAGGGGGGAAUAAGUACCCUGGAUCCAUAAACCCUGACGCCUUGCGAUCCAAAAGUAUACAAACUUACCUCAUUGGAGAGCUUGUGCGUUGAUUAUGACCGUGUCGGCCAACGGUUCCUUGUAUUCAUUCUUUUCUUCCUCAUAUUCCAGCACUACAGCCUUCGCUCACAUCGACGUGAUACGAGGUAUGGCUGUUUGGAGGCUGUAGACAAAUGCUAAAAGUGCGGGCAUGAACAGUAACAAUGGACUCGGCCAAGUACUUUAAUCACACUGAGUUGUUUGAAUAAAAUCAAGCAAUUUUCGGACUAACCAUUGCGCUGCUCAAGCUGUCGCGUUCCAGUUCGCGUCUUAGAGCUAAACCCUGGCCGAAGACAGGUCGACAGGGGACGAAAAAUAAAAUUUGAAUGGAUACAGAUGGGCAAAGUUUUAUCAGUCAUUUACGUCAGCGGACUAGAGGACAAGCUACGGAGUAAAAUGUGGGAUGAGUUCAAAAUUCACUUCACAGUCAGACAAGCUUCCAUCGUCAGAAAGUGUGGACUUUGUCUGUCGUCAAGCUGGUCUGCGGGUCUAUAGAUUCCCACUUCUCUGUGUAUCUAUGCGGACGCUGUAGAUUAAUGCCUAAAGAGCGAACACCAAAAUCUCCCUCUGUUCCGGCCGCUCAGUCAAAUCUCACAGUGUAUUCGUACUGAAAAGAUUUUCUUUCGACCACAUGAUCGGUAAACAAACUCUUGCACCCCCCUGAAAGUGGAGUGUUCGCUGUCCAUUGAGCACAGACAAUGCGUCCGUCUACGAUGGCCAAAAAUAUGACGGUGCAACCGAGCGCUUUCAUCAUGCCUGAUAGAAAUGGGCGUAGAUCACUCUGCAAGAUAGAAGGUGGCCCUGUAUCGUAGCAUUAUAACUAUUGUCCACUAGAAUAGAAACAAGAUGGGGAAGUCUGUGAACAGAAACCAAACAUGUUCCAAACGCAGGAGACAUGGUACGCUAAGUGCAAAUCGAAUGAUAAUAACUGGAAGUAGUUAUUUCUUUCUUCAAAUCUAAGUGACUACUAGACAGCUUAGGGCGUUGGCAGUAGGUUAUACGACGGCAAAUACUGCCCACAGGUUUAUUUAGAUGUCGCACAUAAAAUAACGUCCAACACCAUUCGGCCAAAGUCGACAAAUUUUAAGCCAGAAACCUGGAGGAAUCACUGUUAUUUAGGAUAAAUCCGGAAACCUUCGCAGUAGAAGUGGGAGGAUCCAAAAUGACAAUUCAUACGCAUUCUCUUACACCGAAAAUGGACAUAUCCGACUUCGUGGGAUAAAGAUAUUCCCGCGACCCCCUAUGGCUUUUCACUUAUAGUGAAUAAGUCUGUCUCAAAACAUGCCUCCGUAAACACAGUGAAAUUCCCUCCCCCGAUUUAGAAACAUUACUCAUUUUAUCACAGAUUCAACGGGAGAGUGGCGUUCACCGAUCGUUUUCUACGGAAUUCACUCGUCCCGUUGAGUUUUACGGGCUCUCUCUAAAGCCCAAUCAGCAGCCGCACAGCGGCGCAUAAUAUAGGCAGAAUGAUAUUACCGGUAAUAACAUGCUUAAUAAAUAUCUGUUUAAGUCCUACUUUUAAUACCGACCGUCGGUCAUCCCUUGGACGUGUCUAUGUGUCUUAGCAAAUCAGUUGAGGUAAAAGACGACAGCUCUGCUCCAUCCGAUAUUUAGGUCGGACGGACGACUAGCAUUUUAAACCUCGAACAAUUUCCAGCUGACAUUGUCGGCUCAUGAAAAAUAACUUCUUACUAGAGUCCUAUCACCCUCCCUAGGACACACAUGAAACAGUUUAUCCAAAAGACGUCCUCCACUGCACUGUAUAAUCUUCGUCCUGGCACAACCUACGUUAUCUGCGUCUCCAGUAACGUCGGCAGGCUACAAAUUGCAUGCACACAUUGGAGAACGAAUAAUUCGGGUUUAGACACCGAAAGCACCGACUCCGCCAAAGCUUUGCAGAUACCUGUGGCACUCAGCGGACUGGGCGACACUUGGUCUCACCUCGUCUGGGAACCGCCCAUAAUCUACAAAAGGGGCUGGAUCUUGGCUCCAGAGGCUUACCUCCUACUUGCUCAGCCAACGGGUUCCAAAUGUCCAGACCGGACAAUUCUGAUCUUUACAACUCCGGUACGUUUCAGUCACCAGUUUGCGAUGACAAUAUGUCGAACCUGCGUUUUGCAAGAAUAUGCCAACUAAAAUAAUCCCUAAUCAACAAGGUAGAGAAACGUGCAAGGCAGCAUCCACUUCGUCAAAUUAGUUCUCUUUUACUAAUUAAUAACUAUAACCAGUUGUCGCAUUUCAUAAAGUACAUUCUGUCAUUGUCAGACAGACGGAAGUUUUAAUAGUUUAUUGCGGUAUAUCGAACACGCGGGCGGGAAGGUGAAGAAGAAUGACAGAGUGAAAGAGUAGCCAGCAGGAUUUAAACGGACGACCGCGUGUUUUUUGGGGAUAUUUUCUUUCCUACUUUCAUUCCCAAUCGGUGGGAAUAUAUAGAGGAGGUGCUGUUUGUUGAACUGUUGUCGUCCAGUCAGUCUUGGGCUCUUCCUUUGUUGCAGAGUGACAAUGAGGUCGUAGUAUGCAGUAGGACGUCGUUGUUGGGAAAUUCGUAGGUUCUUACUGUGGAACACCGUGGUUCCCGUAGUCCACGGACCUGGAGCUGACUGGAAUGCACUUAUGUGUUCCUAAAGCAAGUUAUGCUCUUAGUGCGCCGGCUCAACACAGAGGCUAUAUUUUAGUGCGAUAGGCAUUAUUUGGGAAUGCUAAUCCACAACAAAUACCAAUACUGCAAUGUGGUGACACACCUUCCCUCAUUUGCAUUGUGAUGCAAAAUCCUGGUCAGUAUACGUUGCGGACCAGCGAAUGUGUUGGUACGCCUAGGUGCGGGUUUUGUCCGUGCCAGGAAUCCGCGUCCUCUUCUGCCUCGGGCCUUCUUGACUCUGCCUUGACACCAGAUUCAGGUGGAAGAGGAAAGAGUGCGGAAGAUGAUGUGCAAGUUACCGUCCUUGACCUUAUUCUGCUGUGAAGCAUGCGGUGGACAUGGUCGGCAGCCAUGGUCAGACCGUUGUGGGAUACAUUGCUGCGAUUUCAAUAAAGCAAAAUAUAAGCUACAUAACAGAAAUUGCUGAAAAGGCAGAUACAACACAUGUGUAUACUACCAGCUGCCCGCCAGUACUUUGCGAAUACUACUUGGCCUAAAACUGACAAGGUUAGUUCAGACUGAUUUACUUAACGUAAGCGACUAAUUUCUAAGGAAAUUAAAUUGCUGCUAUUCCGGACCUUGACUAUUUUCCGGAAAGCAAACCCACUUAUGAACCGAACCCCAGCAUCUGUGUCACGCAGCGGUAGAAUGUUGGUGAAGCACGUGUCUGGCUGUCAGCUAGUACCUGUGCUAUCAGUACGGUAAAUUACGCAACAUAAUUGUACAGUAGGAUCGGUGUGAGUCUGAUAACCGCUCUUUCGAGAAUGAGAAGUUCAAGGGGAUAUUAAAAAGUAAAUUACGCAUUUUCCAACCGCGUGAAAGGUAUUGCUUGUCCUUACCACACUAUGCUUGAAGUGAGUGAAUAAAGUUCAGUUGUAAAGAAGAUAUGACGUUCGCAUGAUUCUGCAUUCGACGACAGCAUUUUAUGCUUCUCCUUCUAGGCUGAUGAAGGCACAAAGACGAUCAUGGCAGCCGUUCAGGCAAUUAAGGACGUAUAUUUUGAGCACUGCGUGGACAUAACUAUGACAGAAAGUCGUCUUUCCUGUAGCUGUUCGUCUGAUGACAGACCUGUCUGGAUCGAUGGAAUUCCCUACAAGAACGUGGCCAGGAAAAAUUACUCCUUUGAAUUCACCAUCCGCGGCCUAGAGAUAAACAGGCUCUACAAUUUUACAGUCAUUCCAGUUCUUCCAUUUUUCCAUCCUUCAAGGUGGCUUUACACGCAUGUCUCGGUUUUCGGGCAGACAGGCAAGUUUUGCUGCAUUUCUUUCGACGUAAAAAGAAUGCUCAUCGGACGCAGUCGUAUGAUAGUUUAUAUGUCGCAAGUUUUGACGUGUGUGCAGGCAUGACUUGCCCGUGGGCUUAUUUACGGAAAACCCACAUAUUGCAGAAUCCACCUUACGUACUGUCUCGAAGCUACGACGUCCCUUUAAUUAGUCAAAACGACCAGAGGUGGGCGUAGAUGCGGGGUAUAGCAACGCUAAACAAUUCAUCUGCGUAUGACGUAAGUUCGUGCUUUUAAUUCAGACGUAUGAAGCCAAAAUUUGGCGCGGGUAGAGAUUGCAUCAUGUCUACUUCAAUACUUGAAGAGGAAGACACGAUCGCCGGGACAGGAGUUUUAUUAGCCUGGCGUUUCGGAUUCCUGCUAAAACCCGUCAUCAGAGACAAAAGAAGGUGAGGGUGGUUCAUGCAAAUGCGGCUGCAGUAUUUAUAGGAUGCAGUAGCCAUACUACCGCAUACCUAUGCAUCAGGGGUCGUUGCCCGUGGCGUGAUGGUCGAGAUUCGCGUCGUUAAUUGCUGCAAUUUCAUCACUUGUGUUGGAUGUUGGCGUGAUGAUUGCUCGACCAUCUGACGCAUCGAUCUUGGUGCUGGCAGAAGUGUUCACCUGUGCGCUCCCCGCAUGGCCAAUUACUCCGCCUAGACGAAGUCUCAGCACAGAGUAUUGAACGGGAAGAUCAUUGCACCUGUUAAUAGACUGAGGGCCGGUAAACCAUGACUCUAGCAGCUCCCGGCUCACCCGGUUGUCACCCCUUGCGAGAAUUUCGACCUCGUCGAAUUUGAAUGUGUGGCCGGAGCCCGUCGAAUGAGCCGCAACUUGAGAGCUGGCGUCAUUUCUCCGCACCGCUGCAGCGUGUUCAGCCAUUCUCGUUCGGAGCUGUCUUCCGGUUUCUCCGACUUAGUUGCUUUGUCCGCAACUGCACCAGAUCCGAUAAACGACUCCAGGCGUUUCUUGCCGUGGCAGUGGGUCGUUCGGUUUCAUUAACCGACGCCUGAUGGUUGCCUCCGGCCUGUGUGCAACUCCAACCCCAAGGGUGCGAGAUGGCGGCCAACAGCUUCCGAAACGUUCUUACAUAUGGAAGCGCUCACCAAACUUUGGUGUCCGCGCGGUUAGGCUUUUCGUCUCUUUUGCGUAUGCACCGGUUGACAAAGUUGCGCGGGCAGCCAUUGGCAACCAGUACGUCUUCACAGUGAAGGGCGAAGCGCCUGUUCAGUCUUCCUCUUCCUUCCCCUUUCCCAUGAAACAAUCAGGUUUUGGCAAGAUUGAACACAUUAGUCCACGUAACGUAAUGUCACGUGCAUUGCGGGUCUCACAAGGAUUUGGACCUCUUAUAUAAGUGAGAAGCCACACGCGCCAAGUAAUCCGGAGCCACUGCAGUCGAGUUUACAUACCAGACGAGAAUCGAGUUACGCCUUCUUCUCGAAAUCUCCCAAAGGACGACUUUUGUCGGGCUGUGCUAAUUCCAGUCAGGACAUAUUUAAUAUAGUAACGAGUGUUGCCAUAGAAAGAUAUUGAAUUUCCUAUGCAUCAAUAAAAUCUCUAAGCUUUGCAGGUGCAAAGGGUUUAGUUGCAUCUGCCUCCAUCUACGACAGUCUAGCCGUCAUUACCGAUGAUGCCACGGCAUGGAGAGCACAGGAACGUUGAGUUGUGCGUAAGCUACAGCAGAUGUGCUAACUCAUGAAAUGUUUACUGAAUUUCUGAAGUGCGUUUCCGACAUGAAGAGGAUUACUUUAGUAGGGUUGAAACAUUACUCUACAGACAGCAUAAUCCCAAGUUAUUUCAGGUACUUCAGGAUGCCGACUUCCAAACAAUCCUCUUUCCAGGCGCCUGCAAAUACCACACUUCCUAAAAUUUUGGUAAGAUUCUUCUUCGUAGCCUCGCCUGUUAGAGAUUAGGGGUUAGGCUAAGGGCUAAAGAUUAGAGUUUGGGAUUUGUGUUGGGGUUAGUGUUAGGGGUUAGUGCUAAACCGCCUAUUAACACCGGCCCCGGCCGGGCUUGUCUACUGUAUGUACGGCAAAUAAAUAAGAUCCGGCUGGAGUUUUUCUCAUUGACUUCCGGUGUCUUUAUAUAUUCUAAUAUAAUUCUCAGAAAACAUGCAUAAAAUAUUUGAUGGCAAAUUACGUCGUUUUCCCAUUUCGUACUAGAAAAAAGGGUGCAAUUCGAUUUCAAAAGAAUGGCUUAAUGCCCGAGUGAUUUUUCACCCGACCUGUCAUUACACUUGCAUUCAGGGUUUUCAAAAUACAAGUUAUCUAUUUUUUGUAUACGGGAAAUCGUAUGAUCCUAUAUGUUAUCUAAACGACCAUGGAGGUUCAUAAGUUCAGCAGUGGACUUAAGCCAUAUUGUAAAGUUUACAAGGAACAUUAGUUAGUGCAGAGACACAAUGUUUUAUAAACGGGCAUUUCACAGCCUUUAAAAAUCUCAUCAUUAGAAACCUCAUUAAAACCCAAUAAUACCACUCCUUCAAGCCUACAAUCGGAAGACGAACUAAUUUUCCAACAAAUAAGUAAGGAAAUAAUUUUUUAUUUAUGCUUUAUAUGAAAUAUACGUGGAUUUACAUUGACAUCGAAAAUCAUAUUAAGUAAGUAGUUAUUUUUUGCAGAGUGUAGACGGCCAGAAGGAAGUUCGUUCGGAAGCCGCAUCCUCCAGUAACUGCAUUUUCAUGGCAGUAAGCUGCACGAUGAUUAAUGUUACGACCCUACUUAAGUAAUCUUUUCGAGUCGAAAACGCAUUUCAUAAUUUUGGUUGGAAAUUUUAAUUAAUUUAAUCAUCGAAUAUAGUUUAUAAUGAUAACGGAUUGUUGUUCCAUCUACCACACGCAUGCACUUGAACCUGGCGUCAAGACGUGGUCAAGAAAACCAAGGUUGAACUCGGGAGCACGUGGCUGGUGCGGCGUGAAACUGCGCCUUGGCGUGUCGACACAGGCUCAUGAAUGACAUUUUAUAUGAGUACACAGCCCCAUAAUGCAUGCCACACACUAAUCUGGCCGCCAUUUUUGUGUCCAGUGCAAAUCCUGCGUGGCCCUUUUUGGGGCAUGACGCGUAUCACACGUAUGCGCAGCAGUAGGUGAAAAUUCACACAAACUCUGCGCAACCCGACGAACUGAUCCAUUUAAUUUAACGGAUCGGUAGCGUAUCCUGUAAAUUGGUGUGCCUUCCAGUCGUGGCAGUCAGUAGUUGCUAGGGUGAGCCUAGGUGUAACUGACAAGAACGCCUUUAUUAUUACCUGUUUUUCACCUUGAAGAGGGGAGUUUUCGUUGGCACGUCGAGCAGUUUCUUUAAAAUGCUAUUUCAGUGGACUGUCACUGAAAAACAACAGUACUCAGCGCAUCGCAACCUUACCCCGUCCUCUAGUUGAGGGCUCACAGCCCAUGCAAACGAUGGCAUGACACUUAGAAAACAGUACGCUAGCACUCAAGCCUAGCUGCUUGUUGCCAUGCUACCGCCUGUGAGACUCUCAGCCGCAGCUCCAUGGUAGCACACCCGUUGAAUCCCGCAAUCCAGACAGACCAGUGCACACCAUUCAUUAAGACGGUGACUAUUAACGACGGAGGCCGAUAUGGGGUUGACCUCUGGAUGCAUCGGUUCCAGAUGAGGAUUGAGCUAGAACUGUUGGAGUUGCUGGUUUUCCGACACUACAGACCGAAAUUUUGAGUUCGGCUUAUGGAUGACGUCUUCGUCUUCAUUGAACGGGAUCAGGUGCUGAUAUUCAAAAAACGUCUCAUCGUCAUCUUCUUGGUAAUUCGAUUUACGAUAGACGAUGAAGAAAGCAACCAACUGGCCUUCCUUGGUGUCCUCGUUUGCCGCGGAAAUUGUGGUGGGCUAGAAACCGUAGUCUUCCGGAAAGCGAUAAAGACGACGCAGGCACUAAAUUUCACCGGCAACCAUCUGAUCGGUCACAAACGCGGCUGCGUAUGGGUGCUAUGCCGGUGCGUUUAGACGCACUGCAGUGAAAAGGAAGACAAGGUUGCUGAAUUACCCUAUCUUCGACGGGUACUGAGAGCCAAUAACUACCCGCGCAUGCUUGUCAGCCAAUGCAUACGCAGACGAAGCCAGAUACAGAGUUCAACUGGGCCUAUAUUUUAGCGAGCGCUUCCGUACGUGAGAAACGUCUCGGAAGCCGUCAACAGCCUUUUCACUCCACCUAGAAUUGGGGUUGCACGCUGGCUGGAAGCAACCAUCAAGCGCCAAAUCAUGUGACCGAAAGAUCCGCUGCCAUGGCCGGAAACGUCAGGAGUCCUUUACCGGAUCUGGUGAAGUUGCGGACAGAGCAAAUGCUUUGGAGAAACUGGAAGAGUACUCGGGAAGUGCACGACUGAGCACGCAGCAUCGGUGAGGACAAAAGACACCAGUUCUCGGGUAACAGCUCAUUUCACGGAACCCGGCCACAUUUACAACUUUCAAGCGACCGAAAUUCUCGCUAGAGCUGACAGUCAUGAGCUGCUCAAAUCAUGGUUCUCAGGCCCACAAUCCAUCAACAAGCGCAACGACCUCCGGCUACCAUAUUCAAUGCUGCGACACUCCCUGAGCAGGGCUAUCAGUCAGGUGGGGAGGGCGCAGGCGGUCAACUAUACUGAUGGCAGUGGGCCAAAAUGCCGAGUAAUCAUCACGUCAACAUCCGGCUCGGAUGAUGAAAUUGCGGCAGUUAACGCCUCGGACACGGACUGACAAGCUAUCAUCGCCUUAAUUACGACCCCAAGCGAAGAUCAUGAGUGCUGUUAAUUAUAGUACGCAUGUGGCCCCAAGGCAGCUACGCACUAUAAGUACUGCAGUCUUUGUGCCGCCACUACCUUUGUCUGCAACUUUCUCUCAAGAUGGGUUCGAGUGAAAAUCCGAAGCGUCAGGCGAAUAAACUUCUUGUUUCAAUGAUCGCAUCCUCCUCUUCUUCUGAACAGACCUAUGCAGUCUGUGCUGUGAUAAGCCCACUUGUGCCGUAUUAAACUUAGUAUGCGAUGCCACUUCCAUGGGAGUCUGAAUUUUCCUCUGCCCUGCAGUGAACCAUACGAGCCAUUCGCUUAGUGACACACAUGACAUCUGUCUUCCUUUGACGCAUGUUACACGCACGCACGACAGUGAAUUGCGAUCCACGCAAACUCUUCACAAACCGAUAAACUCAUUUCGUGGGGUACAGCGGUUCCUACUUUGGUUUAGCGCACCUUUGGCGUAGCCGUAAACAUAAAGGGACUAAACGUUUGUAUUUUACUCGGUAGGAAGUUUUCCAAGCAUUGUGCCUUCCGUAAUUUUGCCUGAAAAUGGAGGUGCAUUCUAACUAUGAAAAUUUCGCAGACGGUAGAUAAUUACCACGCUCACCCGUCGUUGAUGAACUAUUUCAUAAAAUGUUAACCAGAAUUCCGGCAAGCGCUCUCAUUUCAUAAAGAUUGCAUAAACAGUGUUGCAAUAGUAACUGUCAGGCAAUAUAAUCUCAAAUUAUAUCAGUUACGUUAAUAUUCCAACUUUUAGAUGAGCUUCUGUGAGACAGCUCGCAUAAACUACAUCACUAAUCUUGAAAUCGACCGGCAGCUACAUCUGCAUUCAGAUUUUCUAAACUACAAGUCAUAAACCUUCCGUUUACGAAUAAUCAUAAAUUUCUAUAUGCUAUUAAGAAGAUGUCAUACGGGGGUCGAAAAAGUUUGCGCUGAAUAUGGAUUAUGCUAUACUUUUUAACAGCACCAUUAAUAAACACCCUGAUGCGAUGCUACAAGAUUAGACAUUUCACAGCCUUAAACAUCUUGCAACCAUAAGCAUUUAAAAAACCGGAACACACUCUUUCUUCAAGUAAAAAAUUUUGAGAAGACAUAAUUUUCUCUCAAACAGGCAUGAAAGAAAGAAUUUUCGUGCAUGUUUUCUAUGAACUAUUUUUAAAUUUAUGAGGACAUAGAAAAUCAAUGCGGACAAAUCAUAUUGCAUAAGUAGUCAUCUUUUGCGGAGUGAAGAUUACUCAGACGGCCACAAGAAGCUCGUUCAUAGGCCAGCAUUUUCGGGUUAUGCUGAGCAAUAAUUAGUGCUCAGCAUAUUCCAGUCCUUCUAUUAUUAUUAUUAUUUCAUGAGACAGCAUAUGCACUUCCCUCUUAACUGAAACCGGCAGAAACCCUUCAGUGAGUUUCUAAUUUUAGUUGGAUAGCUGGGAUUAUUAAACAAACCACGUUCUUCCAAGCAUCAUGACAAAUUUUUCCAUUGACAGUAAUGGAAGAUCUAUAACUACUUGGACUGCUGUGAGCUUAUCAUAAGUCUCUUCGUAUUCGUUCAACAACCGUCGGAAUUCUUUUUUUGGGGACUUUCACGCUAAUGCAGUAAUUUCAAAAUCUUGGCGUAAGUGCUCACACAAGUGCUUUGUAUUGGCCUUAUUAAGAGCUUCAGAUGGAAGUCCUUGCCGUUACGUUUUGUACACAGAGCAUCGGGCUCUGCGAAAGACUUAAUCAAGUCUGGAAUGCAAAAUGAUGUGGUACGCAAGUUAGUCACACACGAAAGCUCUGACCGCAGACCUGAGAGCCAUAAAAAAUCAAGAAAUUGUCUGCAUCAUCGCGGUAAAUUCAGCUACAAAACUUAGCAUUUCCCUACUGCGUAACCUACUUCGUUGGAUUGACAUGGAAUGCACAUGGUGUCUUACUCGCAACCACCUUCUCUGCGAGGCAUGUUUUACGAGUCACAUGCGUUACCUAUCGUUAACGUAAACAGAGCAAAGUACGCAUUUGUGCAGUAGGAAGCGAAACGUAUCAGACGAUGCAAUGAGUAUUUGGAUUAAGCGGAAACUAAGAAUUAGCUUCCUUAGAAGCCCAUGCUUACAAGUUGAAGAAAUGAGUGCAGUAAGUUCCCUGUUCAAAAUGAAUUGCACGAAUGAGCUAUGUACCUCAAGAAAAACGCAAGAAACCCAUUGGUUAGAUAUUUAUAGACAGAGGGUCAGAUUGAGCAACUUCUAUAGAGUAAAGCUCUGUUUAAAACUCUGCGGAAAAGAGUAUGCUACUUGUCUUCACGCAAAUUAGGCAACGAAAACAUCUUAAAAAUGACGUAAGUGACCGAUUUUAUUGAAAUGUUUUUCGAUCAGGCAGUAUUACAUAAGUAGGCUGUAAUAGUGAACAUCAUGCAGCAUAACCCCACAAUAAUUUUUAUGACGUUAGGAUACUGACAUGCUAUUAUACUUUUUUUUCGGGUGUUAAAAGAAGUCAAAUUUGAUAUUAGAUAUCAGCUUAAGUAGUAAGUAUUUGUUCCAUUGAUUUUCGCUGUCCAUAUAUCAAAAUAUGUUUCAGAGAAGCAUGCUUUCUUGUGCUGCUUUCGUAGCUGAUUGCAUCUUGUUUGCAUUUUGUGCUCAGGGAAAGAUUUACAUCUGGGUUUUAAGGAAUAUUUUCAAUUCUUUAAUGAAUUUGAACCGGAUCUGACGUUGUCUUUGUGUUUAGGGCCUACAGUCCACAAGCUGCAUAUUUUCCCUGUAGGCUAACUCAUGUAUUCCUUUAUGUAGUUAUAGAGAUAUCAAACAGGACUCCUAAAAUUUUGUAAUGGAUGUGGAUCAUUGUGUACACUUCUUGAGGAACUUUGUUAAAUUGACAGGUACGAUGCUACCUCGAAUGGGCAUUGCGCUCUCUUGGAGAGUCUCAUAAUAAAGAACUCUUCUAAAUUCUUGGCAAACUUUUAUUGAACUUAAAUAAAGAAAAAAAAAAAGAAUUUCUCACCAAAUAAAUGCAAGAAAGCACGUUUUCAAUAAAAUUAUUCGGAUUUAUAAAAAGAGUAAAACACAGUAGAAAAACAUCGCAUUACUUAACUAGUUUAUUCACGCUGCAAAAAGUGUUUGUAGAAGACCGGAAACUUCGUGAACUCGAAAACCGGCAUCCUAGCCUGGUUUAAAUUUUGCAUCAAUAACAUAGCCCCCCUUAAGCUAUCCUUCCAAACUGAAAGUACAUUUCCGGAUUUCAGAUUUCAGAGUGCGGUCAUUGAGUAUGUAUUGCCAUCGAACAUUUAGGCGUGCCCUUUUUUCGAAGUAUUCAAGUACAGAUUAUUAUAGGACACACAACCAACAUGCACUACAAAUGCACCUUUCCUUGACCAGAUGGAACAGACGACAACUUUGAACAAAAAGAUAGACUCACCGGGACGGGUUUAUUUAGAUGCUGAUACUUCGAAGAGCUUGAUCGGCUCUCCAUUGUCAAAGCUCAAAGUUCACUUGAUCUACCAGAAAUUUCAAGUGGCGUAUCUCAUUGGUCGGCCUCAUGCUGGUCGAUUUUUCUCUCCUCUUGCAGCCUCGGCCUUUGGGGGGAUAGUUAGCGGGCGUUUUAUCUGUGUGCUUUGUGAGUCACCGCUUCGUCAGAGGAGGUGCUUGAACUUUCGUCGGGUGGUCGGUUUGGUGGUUCUUUUUCCUGGCCGAGUAGAUUGGCCAUCGGCCUGUCUACGUAUAGCGUCCUUAAGUCUAGUGUGGUUACUUGAUCCUGAGCUUCACCGACGUGAUGACGUAGGACUCUGUAGGUUGCAAAGACUUCCAGAUGCCUGUUGAUGGAGUUGGACUCGGGGUACCAAGCCCCCAGUGUUAGCCUUUCUGCUUUGCUGUUCUCCGGCCUAAGAUAUUAGCUUUCUGGAGAUCGAAAGUAUGCCCAGUUUCUCCAACGUGCGUUGUUGGUUAAGAGUUGGGGUCUGUCCUCCGAGAGGCUGACUUGUGCUCUUGUAGGCGUGUCCGCAAUUUCCGUCCGAUUUCUCCAACGUAGUUGCAGUCGCCCUCAUUGCAUUUAUUUGGUAGACAACUCCUGAGAUUUCAGCUGGUGGUAGUGUGUCCUUAGGUUGCAUCAGACAGCGCCGUAGUGUUGCCUGGGAUCGAUGGCUAUGCCAAACGAGGCAUCGCCUCGGAGACUCGUUUAAUGUAGGGCAUGGCCCUAAUAAAAUUUCAGGUUGCUGCUCAUUUGGCCGUCUUCUGUGCUCUCGGCGCCUGCUUCUCUCGAUAAAAUAUCUGGGAUAACCAUUGGCUGCAAAAACGUUCUGAAGUUAUUCGGCCGUUUUAUCUUCCAGCGUGCUGCAGUGUGUUUCGACUCUUUGAAAUAGAGUUCAGACACAGUGACGUUUGUGAGACAGAAGAUGAUUGCUGUUGAAGUGUAGGAUUUUUCUUGUGUCGGUGGAUUUUCUGAAUAGUGUGGUUUGCAGUUAGCUAUUUGUACAACAGCGCACAAGCACGCCAAGGAAUGAUGGUUGUUUGUUUGUUCCUGAUCCCAUCGCGAAUUAUAUGUCCAGAUCAACCUAGUUCAGCAGUUCUUCUAGGUACUUAAUGAGAAUUGUUUUGCCAACGACGGUGUCAUCGACAUAGCGAGCCCAGAACUUUGAUUGAUGCUUAGAGAACACUACGUGUUCUAUCCGUUGAAGAACGACGUCAGCAAUCAGGCCUGCAUAGGGGGCCCAUGGGAGUGCCCUUACUUUUUCGAACAUUUGUCUACCAAAGGUGAAAUAGGUCUUGGAAGGGUUUUGCAGAAGGUCGAACAAAUGUUCAGAAUUUAGGGUCUUAUCCCUCUCCUCAUUGCGCUUUGCCAGCAAUUGGUUUACAACGUCCGUCGGGAGUUGCUGUGAAAUGGAAGUGAAAAGCGGAACGACAUUAAAGGAUACUAUGGAUUCUUCUGGCUAUAAAAUCAGGUAUUUUAUACGAUCGAGGGAUCGGUUCACAGGUACUACUGUUUAUGGUGGGCUUUGGUCCAGAAAAUUCAGACGACCGAACAUCCAUUUUGGCAAACCGUACGUCGGAGUGGCACAAAGAGAUACGAUUGGUCUGCGUGGGGCAUUUUGCUAGUGCACCGUCGACAAACGACAGUAUUCGUUUGAGGAUCAAACGUGUUCUGAAGACCUGUGCUCUAUAUGAAAUAGCGAGCUGCAUUUGACAGAUUUGGCAACCAAUACCAUAUCGGUCUAGUAGUGUACGAACAUUUUCAAUUAAAAUACACCCUGGGUAUUUCUGACUCAGUGGACGCGUGCAAACACAUUGUCGCCAUGUUUGCGAUCUGGACGAAAAGUUGGAAAAAAUGCAGCAACCCAUUGCCUCCGACGGCUUUUCACAGCCAGGGAAUAUCCCAGCAACUUUAUCAAGAAGUUUCGGCGUAACUUUAAAACGCCAAAGGGAUCGGUGUAUCAUACCACAUAGUGUUGUUUUGUUCUAAAUACUUGCCAACUUACUGGAACAACGGGUGAUUUAAAGACCACGGAAUUCUGAAACGACAGUCAGCCAUCAACUGGCCAAAAAUUGAUCAGACUGAAUCGGACUGCGGCACAGUCAAAAAUACUGGUGAAACGAGCAUAGAAAUGCGGUCCGUCAGAGAGACAAACUUCUUCAAAAGCCUCUUAUUCGUCCUUUUCGGGGUAUAAAUAUGAUUUCGAACUGGUGGUCGUUGAUGGACUGCAUGACCGUAUUUCCCGCCAGCUAAGUAGAUAUUUACAUAUAUACAAGCAGUAGCCCAUCCAAAAGGCAUACCAACCCGCCGUCCACUUAUAAAGUUCCACAGGAACAAAUCAUCAGGACAAAGCAGGGAGCAGACUACCCGUGAAUUUCAAGUGAACACUUCAUUCUCAUUCAGCCAUAAAAACGAAUUUUAAAGAGAGGUCAGGAUAUCAGAGGUGACUUAGACAUCUUCCGCUGGUGACGGGCAUGCUAUUUUGCGCGACCCAGCUCUAGAUUAAGUUUCGCACCAAUCCUGCUGCACUCUUAGCCAGGCCUCAUAAUCAGAUUUUUCUGGAAAGUUGCGAGGUUCUGCGGGGAUCUCAGCGGAUUUACUUGCAGUUGCACCUCGUUAAGUGUGCUGUUGUUUAAGUUUGCAUUCUUUAAAGUUCGUCGGUGUUUUACAAUGUUAACAGGAAACUUUUGCAUUACAGGGACAAAAGCCAGUGUAAGUCCGGUGCCAGGGAUAGUCAUAUCAGUAAUCUGCCUGUUUGGCCUCCUGGGAAUCAUUGCAUACUUACUGGUGGAUCAUUAUCGCCGCAAAGAAAUGGAAAAGGAACACAAGUAAGUUUUUGAAGUGGCUCUUCGUAUCUGAAAACAAUACCCUGUUUUCGUAAAUUAACCCCUCAUCGUUUAAUUUCUGAUUCAGACCAGAUGCGGUACCUCGUGGAAGUUUUACGUACGCCACCGACUGUGUAUCAUCACGGUGAGUGAAUCGUAUGUUAUUUAGUUAUGACGUUUCCUCCUUUAUGUGGUAGUUUGUAGUGAGAUGCCGGACUAAUUUACCUUUGACAAUUUAGUCCCAUUUUCUUUGACCGGAUUGUUUGUUUGAAUGUGACGAGAAAAGACACACCUGGACAACCCGCCUUGCUGGCCUGCUUUGCUGUUGCGCUCUGCUGUCAGGUUACUUAACGUUCGGAAUCUCUAUAUUAUUCACCGCUCAGUUUUACUUGCUGCCUUCAAGACUAGGGGCUCGGGAGAUAUAACUCGUUAGUUCGUGAGAACAUUAGCAUCUUUGUCAAGUUAAAUAAGUGUAAUAUUGCCUUGCAGACGAUAGAAGGCUGUGAAUCGGUAUUGUGUAGCCAAUGUUAUACGGCCAUAAACGUCAGGAAUUGUCUGGGCAAGUUUUUCGACUACGUACGCCAGAGCUCUAAAUCAAUAAUUCUCGCCACCUUGGAGUGUGCGACUUUUCGUAGAUCCAUAACUUUCACUGUUUCAUAUAUGAUUAAAACUCACGAACAGAUAGCUGUCAACAUUCAGUAGUUUCCCUGCUUCGAAUAUAUGGACUGUUAACUCCAUAGAUUCGCAGGCAUAAACAGCAUUUGCAUGAAAUACUUGGCAUGCAUUAAACUGUUUUUUUAUGGAUUAUAAACGAUUUGUGAUUAUUUUCAAGGAAAGAGAUACUUCCAAUUUCUUAAAGACGACGGGAUUUAUGGCCUUCGCCCGGGACCUUCUUCUGCAUUGAGGUAGAGGGCUGACUUAUUUCACGCAGAAAUUUAAUCAGACUUUUCAUGAAGCGGACAAAGAUAUUGUCCUGUCUACUGGGUAUAAUCCCGUGCCCUUGACGCAAUAUGUGGUCUCGUUUUAAUUUUUUACCGCAAAAAUAAUUAAAUCCACAUUCUAAUUUUUUUCGCAUGAGUAUUUUAAACAUUUUGUUGACAACGUCGAGAGACACAAAAAAACCGUGCGGUUAAAAGUUUGCAUAAGGUAUCUAGAUACCGGAUUUUCCAAUGAAACUGCGGGCUGGUAUGAUGACUUUAUUUGUAUUUUGCCUGCAUUUGUUCCAGUUAACUCUUUCUUAACAGAACUUAAGAUUUGUAUAAAUUUCGUGCGCAGAUCAAGAUUUUUUAUUUUUAUUUUCUUUAGAAAUUGACUGCUUACUUGGAGUAAGUCAGUUUAAACCGAGAUCUAUAGGUGUAGAUCGACAUUUGAUGUAUGACUCCUUUGGUCGAUGUCUAUCAGCCGCACGGGGGAUAACCGCGUACUAUUCAUUACUUGCUUACAGGCAGCCAGUAGCAUGCAUUGGGUGGCAGGAUACCAUACUAACAGCAGAGGUAGUAGGGUAUGUUGUUAAUAUGGUAUUCUGCAUCCCAAUAUAUACUACUAGCUGCCUGUCAGCAGUUACUGAAUAUUACGCCGUUAUCUCGCUGUGAAUGGUGGGCAUAGCCCAAGCAUUUAUACAUCGAAUUUCGGUCUACGCCCAUAGGCCUUAGUUCAAACUAAUUCACUCGAAGUUGGCAUUUAAUUUCUCAGCAAAGUUGAAGGCAUUAAUUUCAAAACUGGAGUACCUAUGAGAUGGUACACGGAAAAUACUGGAGUACCCACUAAUGAGCCGAGUUUCUCACGGCUGUGCCAUGAAGUGGCAGAAUAUCGACGAAACAUUUGUCGGGGCCUUUAGCUAGUACCCGUGCUGGUAAUGUGGUAUGCUGCAACGUAAUUUAUCUGGGAAAAUUUACCCUUGCAGAUGAUAUUAAUAAUUUUGUAGUGGUUUAAUUUUGCGUCCUUAUAGACAGCGAAAUUGCUGUCAAGCCAAUAUGAGGCUGGAGAUACACAAAAGGGAGUCCCUAACACGCACGCAUUUGCUAAGAUUUCUCGUUCCAUACCAAAUCCGAUGGAUUACUGACAUUGGUAUCUCUAUCAACUGCUUACCCGCUUGUCUGUCUAACUCAAAAUGAAUAUUCCUAUAAGACUCGCUGCAUGCUUUCAAGUAGGUCUGUUUAAUGACCGUUAAAUGACUUCUGAAAUAGGGAAUCAUUCACAGACUUUUGCCAUUUUGUAAUUUUCGUUUUAACAACUUCCUUUUCCGACAAAUUGCAGGCCGCCCGCGGGAACCCUAACCUACGAGGAUGGUUAUAUGUUACCACACGCAACUUCACCGCCUGCAUUUCGAUCCAGUGUUAAAGGCCGCGAUGCUACCGCCACGUUGCCUGGGCUGCCAGAAUCACUACCUUCAAAAAGGACGCCUCAAAUAAGGCCCAAGAAGCCGGAUAAUUUGUCCUUUCUUAAAAACAUUCUGAAACGUGAUAGCGUUUACAAUCCAGAAUAUGUGGAGCCACGCCAAGGUAUGUUACCCGUUAAAUGCUUAACAACUGCACAAUUCUGAACGAUUUAUCAAAAGACCAGAUACCAGCGGUAAGGUGAUUACCGCAGGAGUGCUACACUAGUUGGGAUGAGUUGCAGGGAUUUGUCGAUUUUACCCCCUUUUCAGCGAGUUUAUUAGAGGACAAUCGUUUAUAUCCUACCUGUAAAUGUAAUCUGUCCACCUACAUCACCCUCUUCGCAGUCUUAGAAUAAGAAAGGGUUCGUAUUAUGUUGUUCGUAAAGACUGACCGACAUUUUAUUUGCUUUAAAGAAUUAAAGUACUUGUUGUUUUGCAGGGUUUUAUGCAAGACUACAUGCUUACUACUUAAUGUGUGCUUUCUGAUACUUCCUCUAUGAGUUCUUUCGAAGAACAAAUUUUGAGCAUAUUGACCCUUAAAAAUGAAACAUAAAGAAGAGGAGAUGCGUUCCCUCCACUAACGUGAGUUCUAACUCGGCUAAAAUGCUUCUUACUUAGUGACCGAUAUCAACAGAGCAUGAUACAAGGGACAACUAGGAUCAAAUAGCAUGAUUAUGGUUUUAAAAGCCUUAGCUGUACCAGCCGUAGUUUAUGGUAACAAUUCGGUGGUCUAUAACUGGAUACGUCUGUUAUAUAUUUUUGAGGUCAAUAAGAACAUCACAACAGAGACUUACUUUAACCAGCUUGAAGAACUGCAAGUUCACUUAAGGAAACAGGGACCUUUACUUGUAAAUAGGCCUAGUCCAAUUCUGCUCCGCAAGAAAACUUGGCCACAUUUUGCCAGGAUAGCAUCGCAGAGACUCAGUGACUUGGAAUAUGAGACUUUCUUACACCCUCCAUUUUCCCCUAUCUUUCACUCACUGGCUAUUACUUUUUUCAAGCGUCUGGAAACCUUUCUAAGCAAUAGAACUUCCAAGAAUAAAACUGGCAUGAAAGCUUUAUUUAAGGAUUUCUAAGCGUCAGUGCCAGUGGAUUUUUAUUGACAAGGCCUAAAGAAUCCCGUUGAGCCACGCCAGACAUGUAUGAAUGUCGAGACAUCAUAUAUUGAUUAAUUUCAUCAUUCGUAGUGUUAGAUGUUUGUAUCUAAAGUCAGACAGCAUUUUCCUCAAAUUAGACUAAACGUCUAACAUCUCUAUUCUUUCAUACUCUACGUAAAUGGAUGGGUUCUCUCACUUUCCUCCUUACCAUUCAGAUAACUUGGAGAACAACUAUGAGGAGCUCCAUCCGGAUGCAGAAUAA